AUGAAGGACGUGGAUCUGUUGCUGUCGUCCGUCGCGGGCGGGGGCGGCGACAUCGGCUUCCUAGGAAGGGGGCGGUACAAGUUCUGGGCGCUCGCAGCCAUCAUCCUCCUCGCCUUCUGGUCGAUGUUCACCGGCACUGUCACGCUCAAGUGGUCCGCCGGCAACCUAAACCAUAUUACCGAUGACAUCGACGUGCCGAUCUAUGAAGACCUUGACGUCCUGGUAUGUGCCUCGUUUUGUUGUCUGCCUUGCAUUCUGCCCGUCCGGCACACGGGAAUCUGAAGAUCCUGGCGCUACUUCUUGUGUUGGACAGGAGAUGGAGGAGAGGGAGAAGGUGGUGAGGCAUAUGUGGGACGUGUACACGCACAGCCAACGGAUCCAGCUUCCGCGCUUCUGGCAGGUGGCGUUCGAGGCAGCUUACGAGGACCUAGCGAGCGGCGAACCUGCAGUGCGGGAAGCCGCCGUUUCCGAGAUUGCCAAGAUGUCCAUCCGGAUCGUAGAUCUAGAGCCUCCUCCUCGACAACAUUCUACGGUAAGUGGGUUCCUCCAGAAGAAUAUCUGUUGCGUCUUUAUUGUCAGAGAAAUCCCAUGGAAUAUUCCUGAAUCUCCCUCAUGA